AUGGCGGUUCUGCAAAAGUUGCCACAACGCAGAAGGCUGGUCCUGCUGUGUCUCCUUUCGGCGGCCCUGUGGGCGGCUGGGGUUGGGCAGAUGCGUUACUCUGUGCCAGAAGAGGUCGACAAAGGCUCCUUCGUGGGCAACAUCGCCAAGGACUUGGGUUUGGAGCCCCUGGCACUGGCAGAGCGCGGAGUCCGCAUCGUCUCCAGAGGUAGGACGCAGCUCUUUGCUCUCAAUCCGCGAAGCGGCAGCUUGGUCACCGCGGGCAGGAUAGACCGGGAGGAGCUCUGUGCUCAGAGUGCUAGCUGUCUGGUGAAUUUUAACAUUCUCGUGGAAGAUAAAUUGGCUAUUUAUUCAGUAGAGGUGGAAAUAACAGAUAUAAAUGAUAAUGCCCCUCGCUUUGGAGUAGAGGAACUGGAGCUAAAAAUCAGUGAAACAACUUCUCCGGGAUUCCGAAUUCCUCUAAAGAGUGCUCAUGAUGCGGACAUACAAAAGAACACCCUCCAAAAGUACGAACUUAACCCCAAUGACCACUUCUCCCUGGACGUGCGAAACGGGGCGGAUGGGAACAAGUACCCGGAGCUGGUGCUGGAGCGCGCCCUGGACCGCGAGGAAGAGGCUGUUCACCACCUGGUUCUCAUGGCUUUGGACGGGGGCGACCCGGUCCGAUCUGGCACCUCCCGUAUCCGCGUUAUGGUCCUGGAUGCGAACGACAACGCGCCUGUCUUUACACAGCCCGAGUACCACGUAAGUGUUCCAGAGAAUAUGCCCGUCGGCACGCGGAUACUCACAGUGACCGCCACUGACGCAGAUGAGGGAUACAACGCUCAAGUGGCAUAUUUUCAAGAGAAAAACCCUGGAAAAUCCUCAGAGGUAUUUGAGGUUAAGUCAGCAUCUGGAGAUAUAACGAUUAUAAAAAGUCUAGAUUAUGAGGAUGCAAAAUUUCAUGAAAUUGAUAUUGAAGCUCAGGAUGGUCCAGGCCUUCUGACCAGAACGAAGGUUACUGUCACAGUUCUGGACGUGAACGACAAUGCCCCAGAAUUUUACAUGACCACUGCUACCAGCUCAAUCUCUGAAGACUCUCCUCCAGGAACCAUAAUUGCACUUUUCAAUGUGCAUGACAGAGACUCUGGGCAGAAUGCGUUUAUCACAUGUUCACUCCCAGAGAACCUUCCUUUCAAGUUAGAAAGGUCAGUGGACAAUUACUACCGGCUGGUUACAACCAGAGCCCUUGACAGAGAACAGUUUCCCUCUUACAACAUCACUGUGACCGCUAAAGAUGGAGGGAACCCAUCUCUGUCUACGGAUGCUCACGUUUUGCUGCAGGUGGCAGAUAUCAAUGACAACCCGCCCACCUUCCUUCACACUUCCUACUCUGCCUACAUUCCUGAAAACAACCCCCGAGGCGCCUCCAUCAUUUCUAUGACAGCUAGUGACCCCGACAGCGACCACAAUGCCCAGGUAACUUAUUCCUUGACUGAGUACACCCUUCAGGGAGCGCCCCUGUCAUCCUACAUCUCCAUCCACUCUGACACCGGUGUCCUCUAUGCGCUGCGCUCCUUUGACUACGAACAGUUCCGAGAACUUCAGCUGUGGGUGACAGCACAGGACAGCGGGGACCCACCGCUCCGUAGCAACGUGUCUCUGAACCUGUUUAUUCUGGAUCAGAAUGACAACACACCAGAGAUUCUGUAUCCUGCACUCCCCACCGAUGGUUCCACCGGCAUGGAACUGGCGCCUCGCUCCGCAGAACUCGGAUAUCUGGUGACCAAGGUGGUGGCAGUGGACAGAGACUCUGGCCAGAACGCCUGGCUGUCCUACCGCCUGCUCAAGGCCAGCGAGCCAGGGCUGUUCACGGUGGGGCUGCACACAGGAGAGGUGCGCACUGCGCGGGCCCUGCUGGACAGAGAUGCGCUCAAGCAGAGCUUGGUGGUGGCUGUUCAGGACCAUGGCCAGCCCCCUCUCUCUGCCACUGUCACACUCACUGUGGCUGUGGCUGACAGCAUCCCAGAUGUCCUGGCUGAUCUGGGUAGCCUUGAACCCUCCGCGGACCCUGACGCCUCGGACCUCACUCUGUACCUGGUGGUGGCAGUGGCUGCUGUCUCCUGCGUCUUUCUAGCCUUUGUCAUCAUCCUGCUGGCGCUCAGGUUGAGGCGCUGGCACACGUCACGUCUGCUCCAGGCUUCAGAAGGCGGGUUGGAGGGCCUGCCUGCCUCGCAUUUUGUGGGCGUGGACGGGGUGCAAGCUUUCCUGCAGACCUAUUCCCACGAGGUCUCUCUCACGGCGGACUCGCGGAAGAGUCACCUGAUCUUCCCGCAGCCCAAUUAUGCUGACACGCUCAUCAGCCAGGAGAGCUGCGAGAAAAGGGAUUUUCUAUCUGCACCUCAGUCUUUACUUGAAGAUAAAGGAGAAGAAACAUUUCCUCAGGUAAACUUUCUUCACAAUAUGCUUAUGAGCUAUCACUAA